UCUGGCAUGCCAAGGAAAGCAUUUUCUACACUAAAUAACUUUAUUUUGUGAAGACAUUUCUUCAUCCUCUUUCAGAUUGUUGACUGAUCACGUUAGUUUAUGUCAUGACACAUCCAGUGUAUCAGAAGUCAUUAACGUUCCCCCACUCUGCGCCACCCAUUGUUGGAAAGGUGAGCCACCACAGCAUUGAGCUGAGUUGGGGCGGCGAGGGAGGGGGAACGCGGUCCGGCCCCCCCGAACACUGGAUCCGCUACAGCGUGGAGGAGCUGGACCCGAAAACACACACCUACAGCACCAUCUACACGGGAUACAGCCAGCACUAUGCUGUUGAAGGUCUGACCCCCAGCACCUCCUAUAAGUUCCGUCUGCGAGUGACAUCACCAUCAGGCCAGACCAGUCUCAGUGCAGCUGUGUGUGUCAGCACCACACGUGAGCCAAUGAGUGGUAAAAAUCUUCAUCAAGCUGUGAACAUGAAUGAUGAGGAGGAGCUGAGCAGAGUUCUCCAGUCAGGGACAGUGGAUGUAAAUGUGUGUGAUAAACUCGGCUUCACUCCUCUAAUGGUUGCUGCUCAGAAGGGCUACGCAAGGUUAGUUCACAUGCUGGUGGAGCAUGGAGCUGAUGUUCUGAUGAAGAACAGCAGUGGAAAAGACAGUCUGAUGCUGGCAUGCUUUGUGGGUCACUUGGAGGUGGUGCGGUACCUGCGUGGCUUUGUGGGGGGGUGGGGUUGCAGGGAUGGGGGCGGCUGUAGUCCUCUUCACCUGGCAGCCGAUGGAGGGAACCUGCAGCUCAUCACAUACAUGAUACAGGACGGAUGCCAGCUGGACGUGAGGGACAACUCGUUGUGGACUCCCCUCAUGCGAGUGUGUGCUCUAAGUGGAAACGCAUCCGUGGUGUCACUGCUCAUCAAAGCUGGAGCCGACGUUAACAUCAGAGACAAGGAUGGCAAGACACCGCUGAUGGUUGCUGUCCUGAACAAUCAUGAAGAGUUGGUGAAGCUGCUUCUGGACAGUGGAGCAGAUUAUCAUGUCAAGAACGAGUUUGGAUCUGGAGCAGCAGAGAUGGCCAAGGCAUUUGGGAGAGAGGUGCCCAGAGGAAUAGACAGUUCCCAGGAAACCUUUUACUCAGCUUGUCCACACGUGUCAGUGAUGGAGCGAGGUAGGCUGCUGGUCGUGCUGAUGCUGGUGUGUGUGUGUGAGGUGUGUGUGUGUCAGCAUUGGUCAUACGGCUGGCUCCCGGGAGGCAAGCGCAGCAUAGGAGGGGAACUGGAGGCCACUUUCAGGAUGAUGAACGCUGGCGACACAAUUAUUCCUCUUGCAGAUGAGCAAUUACAACCCUAUGAGGUCGUCAACGAUGAAUUGGAGGAGAAUGCUGUCAGAAGAGGUCGAAGACCUUUAAGAAGAGUACUCCCAGACUAAUGCACAUGUACACACACACACACACACACACAUACACACAACCCAUACCUGAGUGCGCGCGCACACACACACACACACACACAUACA